AUGACAAAAUUAUUCUUGUUUCUUUCGCUUGCUAUACUUCUAAAAACUAUCAAUUCUGAGGGUGAUGAUAAACAAUUUAUUAGAGGAAGAGGCCAUGGUUCUAUCUCUAAAAUAUCUAUGACUUCGCUAGUAUCUUCCGAAGUAGAUGAUAUUUUUGAAGAUGUUAAAUUAGAUAACAGAAAUCAAUAUGGUGUAAUUAAUAAAAAUUCAGGCGAUGAUGAAUUAAAUGGCAUGAUUGAUUUGACAGAACAAAAGAUUACUGUAGGACCUUCAAAAACAAUUAGACCAAAUAUUAUAUUACCAAAUAAUGAAGUUGCACCUAAGAAGAUUGAAUCAAGUUUGUUAAAUUUAUCUGGUUCAAAUAAAAUCUUUUUUAAAAAACCAAAUUUUUUGAAUUCUUCUGCACCUUUAAAAACUUUGAUUAUGCCUCAUUCGAUUGUUGAGAAGAAAAGUUCUCAAGAAAAUUUACAAACUAAUGAUGAUUUAACUGAUGAAGAAGUAGUGGAACUUACAAAAUAUGUUGAAAAAUAUAUAUCAAAUGCUAAUUUUAGGGAGUAUAUAAAAAAUAAUUUACAAACAGAGACUCUUUUUGUCACUGAUCGUCCUUCUUUAAAAGCAACAACAAACCAAAUAUUUUCGACAACGACAUUGACAUCUACUACAACAACAACAAUUUCUACUACAACACAUCAAGUUAAUAAAAAAUUACAUGGUGAAAAGGCUUCUAAAGAAAAAUUGAAACAAUUCAAAGAAGAAUUUAAUAAAUGGUUAGAUGAAUUAAGAAAGAAAGCUUCAAAUGUUUCUAGGGGAAUUGAAGUAAAUGAUAGUCCCAAUUCAACUAUAAACAAGGAUUUUGUGUUAAAAUCUGAUUCAAUUAUUCUACAAAAGUUAAAUUUGGAAAAAAUUCCUUCAGCAAAUGUUAGAAUUCUUCAACCAGGAUAUCUUAAUAUAUUUGCAGAUACAAACAGUUCUAACAAAAAGAAUAUCAAUAUGUCUUCAACAAUAACAUUAAUUCAGGAUAUGGGAAAAAACAUUCUUGUAGAUACAGGACUGUUUUCAAUUGACGCUUCAGGAAGGAAAUCUAUGAGAAUUGAGAUAUUAAGGAAGUUAAAUGAAUUACUCCUGUCUCCUAGUGAUAUUCAUUAUGUUAUAAUAACAAGCUCUCAUAUAGAUCAUAUAGGAAAUUUGAACGAAUUUGGAAAUGCCAUUGUAUUCCAAAAUGAUUUUAUGUUUGAUCAAAAAAAAGAUAACCAAAGGAUAUGGAGAGAAUAA